AUUUUGGGACAGCGCACCACGAACUGUCAUAAAUGUCACAGUGUUGUCAUUUAUUGGAAAAAUUCUGUGGCGAUCGAAUGAAAAAAUUGCAGCAAAAAGGGUGGAAAAGUGCAUUAAAACUGGCGAUAUUGCGACUAAUUGUGUCACCAAGUGUUGCUCCAGAGUGCACAGUGUGAAAACAAGUGGUUAUAUUGUGUGAAAAUAUCGUGUAAAUUGGUGAUAUUUGGCCUUUUUCAACACCUUACUCGUCCCCCCGGAUUGAGCUUUUUCUUGCGGGCGAGAGUCAAAAGAAAAAGACCCAUCUCGCGCGCUAGGCUAUUUUUCUCGAUUGUUUUUGCAGCUCAAAACAUCAUCCAGGGUGGAUAGAUAGUGAGAAAUCUCCCAGUGAAUUGAUGUGUCCAUGAAGGUGAUUGUGGUGCUCAAGUGAUUCGGGAAGAAUUAAUUGAAAUAUUGAGUAGUUUUUCCUGUGUUACUCUCUCUCUUGGUACGGGUAAAAAGUUUUUGGUGGCGUGUUUGGGAAUCGGGCGUUAAUUGAUUUUCACUGCAAUUUCUUGUUUGCGCUGCUGGGUGUUAGAAAUUACCUGUAGGUGAUAACUAUAAACAAAACUUCCUGGCCACCAAACCAUCAGCACAGUCACAAGGAUGCCUCUCUGGAAAUCACAGAAGUCUCCGGCAGAACUGGUGAAGGCUCUCAAGGAGUCAGUUAAUUCACUUGAACGGGGUGACAAGAAGGCAGAGAAGGCUCAAGAGGAUGUCAGUAAGAAUCUAGUACUUAUCAAGAAUAUGCUGUACGGAACUUCAGAUGCUGAACCACAGACAGAUUACAUCGUGGCCCAAUUGUCUCAGGAGCUGUACAAUAGUAAUUUACUGCUGUUGCUCAUACAAAACCUCAACCGGAUUGACUUUGAGGGGAAGAAGGAUGUGGCGCAGGUCUUCAACAAUGUACUGAGACGACAAAUUGGCACGAGAUCACCAACAGUUGAAUACAUCUGUACAAAGCCAGAGAUUUUAUUCACACUGAUGGCUGGGUAUGAGCAUCAGGAGAUUGCACUAAAUUGUGGUACGAUGCUUCGUGAAUGUGCAAGAUAUGAGGCAUUGGCCAAAAUAAUGCUGCAUUCGGAUGAAUUUUUCAAUUUUUUCCGCUAUGUCGAAGUAUCGACAUUUGACAUUGCUUCAGAUGCAUUCUCCACAUUUAAGGAGCUGCUGACGAGGCACAAGAUUCUCUGUGCUGAGUUUCUUGAGACAAACUAUGAUAAAGUGUUUUCGCACUAUCAGCGACUACUGAAUUCGGAAAAUUAUGUCACACGGAGGCAAAGUCUCAAGCUGCUCGGAGAGUUGCUGCUGGACAGGCACAACUUUACGGUUAUGACAAAGUACAUUUCGAAUCCGGACAAUUUGAAGCUUAUGAUGAAUAUGUUGAAAGAGAAAUCGAGAAAUAUACAAUUUGAAGCCUUCCAUGUAUUCAAGGUAUUUGUGGCGAAUCCAAAUAAACCGAAGCCAAUACUGGACAUUUUGCUGCGAAAUCAGGAGAAGUUGGUAGAUUUUCUCACGAAAUUCCACACAGAUCGAUCCGAAGAUGAACAGUUUAAUGACGAAAAAGCUUAUCUUAUUAAGCAAAUAAAAGAACUCAAGCCAGCCCCUGAACAAUAGUGAAAUAUUUAACAUUUAAUAUCAAUUAAUAUUAUUGAGAAUAAAAAAAUAAAUAAAUAAAUAAAGAAGAAUACUAUAUUCAGAAAAAUAUGCAAACCUAAUAAAGAAAAAAAAUAUUAUUGAUAAUUAUUAUUAUACAAUAAUGAGCUGAUGGAACACACUUUUGACGGUGAAAUAUAAUAAUAAUGUAAUAUUUAGAGAGAUGAAAAGCAAAAACAGAAAACUUUUAAAAGGAAGAAGAUGAGAAAAAACAAUAUAUUGUAAUUAAAAUUAAAGGAAUUUUAGAAAAUAAAGAAAUAAACGAAAGGAUGAUGCAAAAAAAACUUUUUAAAAUGGAAUUGGCAGGAUUGGAUUCUCAUAAAUUAAUCUGAUUUUAAUUAGACGAGAAAUUAUUGAAAAAAAAAUGUAUCUUAGAACUUGUUUCUUCUUAGUACAGUUUCCAAUAUAAAAAAGGGAUGUUUGAUAGACAAAAAAAAUAAUAAUAAUAAAUCAUUAUUAGCUGAUGACAGAAAAAAAAACUUGUUCCUACGUUCUUAAAAGUAAACAAAAAAAAUAGUGAAGAGAGAAAGGGCGAUAGAGUGAAGGUAAAAUGAGAAAAAGCAAAUAUAAAUCUGUACUGAAUUUCGUGAAUAAAAAAAGAAAAAAUAAA